AUGGCUAGAUUACAUUCUCGGCCAACCCUCAAGAAAAAGAUCAAGAACUAUUUUCCAAAGCAUACUCUAACAAAGCAUGUCGACAUUAUGAUCUAUCUCGACUACGUCAUGUUCUUAGAGCAAUUAGCACUUGCAGCAGAUGAAGAUGCUGAAGCAGAAGGAUCAAAGAAUAUAUAUGGCCGUAAUGUUGAUAAGGUGGCAAAGAGAGUACUUCAGCAAUUCCGUGGUUAG